AAGAAUGAUCUCUAUGCUCUUUCUUCCAAUGUGUCCUUCCAAGUUAAGAGCAUGCCAUAUAAAGUGCAACCAGCAAAGCUCCCUGAGGGAAGCAUAGCAAUCAGAACAUCUGUCAUUUGGUCCACUCCAAAUGUCUCCUUUGUAAUCCCUUUAUGGGUUAUAAUACUAGCAAUACUUCUUGGGCUACUGGUACUAGCUAUGUUGACCCUAGCUUUAUGGAAGUGUGGCUUCUUUGACAGAGCUAGACCUCCUCAAGAUGACAUGGCUGACAGGGAACAACUGACAAAUAACAAGACUACUGAUGCAUAGAGGAAGAGAGUGGCAGUUCUAGUAAGAAUCCUGCCUGAGACUAGAAACACAAUGAAGAUUAAAUGAAGGAUUCCUUCCACCAGUCUUCCUUUGUACCUGCAAGUGACAUGGUGUCAUAAUCUGAUCUAUGCAACGUUCUGAGAACAUGCCACGUGAUGGCCAUCCUUGCCAAAGAAAGCAGCUUUAUCACUGCCUUACAAACAUACUCACCACUGAAUAGAAUGUUUCUCCUUUAUUCCAGUCAGUCUACAUUUCAGCAGAUGCUUCUGAACACGUGUGGUAUACUGAGAAGCUUCCAGAACAAGCCCAAAUCUCCCAAGGAGAGAACGCCUGCAUUGCUGUAUUGUCUAGAAGAUGGAUCAGGACAAAACUUCUGAACGCUACUGUAUCAUGCAGAAUACCUUUGACACCUCCCUAAGAACUUUUAUGAAAUUAUGGCUCAGGGAGACAAGCAAUAUAUCAGUACUGUGAAAGUACUUCUGCAAAACAAAGGUAGUCUAUGAAGAACUUUAUAGAUGGGGCAUAAUUAUUUAUUUUUCCACCUUUUCAGGAUAAGUGUCUGAUAUCAUCAACUUAGAUUUUGAGAGAAGGAAGUAAGAAAAUAGAAAUCAUGUACUUACCUUGCAUGUAAAUAGAAAAGUAAACCCAUUGUACACAUGGAACGUAUCUUUCCUGGCUAUAAGAUGUUUUGCAAAGCAGAAGAUUUAUGCAAUAUUUUACAAGAUGAGGCAUAUGAUAAACAAGUACAUGUUGUAUCUCUUUCACCCCAGAGCUGGCAGUAUCACACCCAGAUAACUAAAUCCAUGCACGGUAUAGAGCAGGGAAUGAGUUAUGCUCUCAUUGCAUUGCUGAUGGCUG